AUGCAAGCAAGCAAGCAAGCCAGUAAGCAAGCAUGCAAGCAAGCAAGAAAGCAAGCAAGCAAACAGCAAGCAAGCAAGCAACCCGGCAAGCAAGCAAGUAAGCAAGCCAGCAAGCGAGCCAGCGAGCCAGCAAGCAAGCAGGCCAGCAUUCAAGCCAGCAAGCAAACAUGCAAGCCAGCAAGCAAGCAGGCAAGCAAGCCAGCAAGCAAUCUAGCCAGCCAGCAAGCAAGUAAGAAACAAGCAAGCAAGCCAGCAAGCAAGCAACCAUGCAAGCCAGCAACCAAGCAAUCAAGCAAUCCAGCAAGUAAGCAAAUAAGCAAGCAAGCCAGCAAGCAAGCAAGCGAGCAAACCAGCAAGCAAGCAGGCCAGCAAGCAAGCAAGCAAGCGAGCAAGCAAGCCUGCAAGCAAGCCAGCCAGCAAGCAGGCCAGCCAGCAAGCAAGCAAGCCAGCAAGCGUAAGAAAGCAAAAAAAACGGACAAACCUAACGUAAAAGUAAUCCACCCGGCAAAAAAACCGGACAAACCUAACGGAAAAGUCAUACAUCCGGCAAAAAAACCGGACAAACCUAACCUAACGUGA